GCUCAAGUUGGGCUGCCCGGCCCUGGCUAACUUGUUUGUAGUCGGGGUGCAGGUAAACAGGAAGUGAUACCCAGUCUGGCCCCUGUCCUUACACCUCCCCCACCCCUAGGAAGAGAGAGCCCUUACCAGACACCCUCCCCGCCACCACUGGCAAUCCACAGCAGCCUCACACGUACGUCCUGGACCCCUCCACAAGGGGGUCCCCAGAUGAGGCGCACAAGCCCGAGAGAAAGGACUGAGCACCACAGGAGCAGUGGGGUGCUGGCCUUGUGGGGUGAAGAGGAGACUGAAAAGCUGAGCGGCCACACUGAUGUCCCGGCUGUGCGGAGGGCACUGCCCCUCCCCCAGUUCGUACUGCUCUACCUCGAGGACGACUUCAAGUCACCGCUGGCAUGCCCCCAGCACCCGGGAGGAGCAAGUCCUUUACAGGCAUGGGGCUGCUCCCUGUUAACACACCCUCCACAUCCUUCCCCUCCAUUCCUGUGGCCUGGCUAAUGAGGGCCUGUCAGCCAGCCCAGGGGCUGAGUCACCCACACCGGCAGGUCUCCUCUCUUCCUUCCCCGACAACUGCUCCAAAAGUUGCCUUUCAACUUUUCUACUGCCUCCCUGGGCUCUUCCCAAGACAGCUGGGGCUAGGGAGCCAGACAGGCCUGCGGGGUCACGGCGGUGGUGGCUUUGACUAGAAAGGAAGUAACCUGGUGACGCACCAGGCAGGGCUGUCCCCAGACCAGUCCCCAGAGGAAUCUGAAGCGUCCCACUGCCCUGGGGUGUUGGUCACAGCUGCCCCAAUCCCAGCCUGCGGAUGCUGCAAUUACCUCAGAGCAUGAAACCAGCUUCCCACCUGACUGAGUCAGCUGAAAAGAAAACAUCUCUACCACACGCUGGCACAACAGCCAAGCCACUAAUCAGAGUCCCCAGAUGCUGGCAGAGGGCACAGUCCUACACCGGCCAGGAGAUCGGCACACGCCAGGAACCACCUGAGACGUCAGGAACCACCUGAGACGGGGACAGGGACGGGCCAGCUGCCGCCUGCCUCUAGAAGGAGUGCAUGCUCCCUCCGGAGGUCCAGCCCUGCCCACCAGGCCCUCAGCCCCGUGGCAUCCUGCUCUGCUCUGUAAGUACCGCUGCUGCUUCCUUUGGUUUUUUUCCACACGCCGAUCAAGUAACCAGGCCACUCUUACCCAGGUGGGAACCCCCUCCCAGCACUCGGAUCUCCCAGACACAAUCUCCCUCCUGCUAGUCCUGUCUCACCGUGAUCCAAGACGCAACAAGACAAAGGACCACGCUGAGCAGAAACCCACGGCCUCGGCCGCUAGCCCUUGAGGGGUGGCUCCCUGGUUCCUGGCCUCCAGCACUCUAGGAAAUGGUCACCAGCUGCUGCUGAGCCCCUCUGUGGGGCUUCUCAGAUGCCAGACCUGCCGGCUGACUGAGGAGGUCCAUGGAGACUUGGCGGAAAGGUUCCUUCCGCAAUGCCUCCUUCUUCAAGAGACUAACCCUGGGGCGGCCGCGGCCCCGACUCCGGCGGCAGGGCAGCAUACUCAGCCAGGCCAGCACUGCUGCUGGUGACCAUGAAGAGUACAGCAACCGAGAGGUCAUCCGGGAACUGCGAGGGAGGCCAGAUGGCCGGCGUCUGCCCUUGUGGGGGGAUGAGCAUCCCCGAGCCACCCUGCUGGCCCCACCCAAACCCCCACGUCUCUACAGAGAGAGCUCCAGUUGCCCCAAUAUUCUGGAGCCCCCAGCAGCCUACACGGCUGCCUACUCGGCCACCCUGCCCUCAGCAAUCUCCCUGACGGGCCCCCUCCACCGGGACUCAGAGGAGGACCUUGUGGACACUCCCCAUUUCCCGAGGACACCUACUCCGGACCUCAAUGACCCUUUCUUUUCCUUCAAAGUGGACCUGGGAAUUUCACUUCUGGAGGAAGUUCUAGAGAUGCUAAGGGAGCAGUUCCCUGGUGAGCCCCACUUCUGACUCGGUGAGGGCAGAGAGAACUGGGGUGACUGGAGCCUGGGGACCCAGGGAAGAAAGGCACAGUGUGGAUUAAGGAGCAGGUGGAGACAGAAGCCACAGUUCAGCCUGCCCUCUGGCUGCUGACCAGUCCUCCAAGGCACCCAGAGUGAAGGGACCGACGCCGGCUGGGAAUCUAUGGGGUCACUUUCUGGCAGGCGCCCUGAAGGAAGCUGGAAAGGUCUGGAAAAGGAAACCACACCUGCAACCACAGGAACCGGUCAGAGGUCAGUGGAGAGACAGGGUGGCAUGGGGCGAGUCAGGGAGCAGGACUCGGACUGGGCUGCUCUAAAAGCCACCACCAACAGAGAGAUCACAGGACACGUCAAGAAGAAGAAUCUAACUGAGACUAAGAGAGAGGGGAGGCCAGACACUUACCACUUACUUCAUGGGAUUGAUUUAACUGAAGUACAAACAAUUGAAAGUUCAGUUCCAGAGGCUAGAGAACCAGCUCAGUGGGUAAAGUGUCUGCUACACAAGCAGGAAGGCCUGAGUUCAGACCUCCAGUACCCACAGAGAGAGAGGAGCUGGGCAGGGGUGCCGCCCGCCUGCAAUCCAGCGUGAAGGAUGCAGACACCAGGGGUCCCCGGGCAGGCUGGCUGGCUAGACUAGUCAGAUUGGCAGACUCCAGGUCCAGCAAGAACCUCUCUCUGCGUCAGUAAUAAAACAUGGGAAGCAAUCAAGGAAGAUACCUAACAUCAACCUCUGACCUCCACUUGUGCACGGAAG